CGUUGCUUGCACACCGGACGAGCGCUAAACCGGAUGGAGAUUUCUGCCCUACUCUGAGAUAGAUUAUCGACGGACACGCAAAAGGAGAGAGAACGCAACUCUUCAGCUUCUCGUUGAGCGUUUUUUACAUCUGGGGAACGUUUCGCUGUAUUACCUAUUUGUACAAAUUUGGCGCAACAAAACUUAUUCAAAAUUGCCUUCGUUUCGUAUUGAAAAGACUUCCAGGAAUGGAGUCAAUAACCAGCCAGCAUCCAGCUGGACGAGAUGCCAGCUCUUCUCCUCACUCCAAGCAGGACAUGCAGCCUUUCUCUAGCAACGGCACAAGUUCAUUGAAACCUAAUCAAGUGAGUGAGACUUCGCUGUACGGAGUACCCAUCGUGUCUCUGGUGAUAGAUGGUCAAGAGAGACUGUGCUUAGCGCAGAUUUCCAACACUUUGCUAAAGAACUACAGCUACAACGAAAUUCACAACCGCCGCGUCGCCCUUGGAAUAACCUGUGUUCAGUGCACGCCUGUACAGCUGGAGAUCCUGAGGCGAGCAGGGGCUAUGCCCAUCUCCUCGCGACGCUGUGGCAUGAUCACCAAGCGCGAGGCCGAGAGGCUCUGCAAGUCGUUUAUUGGAGCGCACAGUCCUCCUAAGUUACCUGAGAAUUUCGCAUUUGACGUUUCACACGAAUGCGCGUGGGGAAGCAGAGGAAACUUUAUACCUGCCAGGUACAAUAGCUCCAGGGCCAAGUGCAUCAAGUGCACAUAUUGCAAUAUGUAUUUUUCCCCAAACAAAUUCAUAUUUCAUUCCCAUCGCACUCCUGAGUCAAAGUACACACAGCCGGACGCGGCUAAUUUUAAUUCCUGGAGGCGGCAUCUGAAACUGACUGAUAAAAACUCGUCCGAUGACAUAAAUCAUGCUUGGGAGGAUGUUAAAGCCAUGUUCAACGGGGGUAGCAGGAAACGAACCAUGCCGAUGAGUGGAUCUGAGAUGUCAUCACCUCUGAAACCACAGGGCUCCGGCAACGUUACGCAGACCAGCUCCCCAGAGGUUCCGCACAAAACCCUACGCUGCGAUGAUGACCGCGGAAAUCUCAGUUUAGCCAACAGUGUGCGCAGCUACCCGGUUAUUCCAGUGCCCAGCAAAAGCUUUGGGGUGCUGCAAAAGAUCCCGCCGCCCAUCUUCCCACACCCGUAUGGCUUCUCGGCCUUUGGGUUGUGUCAAAAGAAGGACGACGGCGCGAAUGAGCCAAACAAGACCGGCGUGUCAGGCGUGCUUUGGCCCGGGGCAAAAGACAGCCUCUAUCCGUCUUUCCCUAUGUUCUGGCCCGCCGCGGGCAGUCUGCCUUUGCCAUCCUAUCAGCAAACACAACCAAAACCGCACGUGGAACACAUGGGGGGCCGGCAAAGUGAGACAGAGGGAUCCGAGAACGAGCGAGGAGGGAACACCGCUAGAGACGGCCUGUUUGACAGCGAGCGCUGCUCCAGCUCGCACUCACUCAGGAACGAUGAGGACAAAUCCGGGGAUGAGGUGAGGUCAACCGAAGGUCAUGCCACUACUCCGCGCAGGAUCAGCUACAUCUCUGCGUUCAGGCCGGUCAUUAAAGACGCAGAGAGCAUAGCCAAGCUUUACGGUAACAGAGAUGCAUAUGCCGGGGUACGCUCUGGCUAUUUGUCGCCAGACUUUGCGAGCGAGAGUUCCAGCUAUAGGUCUAUAUCACCAGAUGCGGACAGUGGAGAAGAACCGGAAGUGGACGUGGAGUCCAAUAGAGUGGCAGACGAUGACGAGUCUGUUCAGCUCUCCGUGGAGGAUCGGGAGAGUCCCGUAAGGGAUAUCUCGUCUCGGGCUAAUUACGAAGACUAUCCAGAACCGGAGAGCAGACCCACCCCGCAGGCAGAAGAUAGGCAGUUCAGUGAGACGGGAUCUUCUGAUGAAGACAAACUGAGCAGGCACACACCCAAAAGCAAUACAACCCCGAUUUAUGAUGUGUACACGCAUGAAAGGGACACGGCGGGUUCAAUGAACACAGCGCUUGUUCCCGCGUCCAAAUAUCCUCGUAAUCGUGAACCAAAUGAUUCACACAAAUUAAAUACUGCCUUGGUAGAAGACGAAUGUGAAUCACAGAAAUCUUACCAAGACCAAAUUAACGUUUGCAAAGAAUCUGCAAUCGACGGUGCACUGCGGACUGAUAACAAAUUUAAGUUAAUCGAAAAAGACAUAGAGAACAUGGCAAAAGACGAGCUCCAGAAACAGCUGGUGGAGCAGGUGGAGCUCAGAAAGAAAAUGGAACGCGAAUUUCAAAGUCUGAAAGAUAAUUUUCAGGACCAGAUGAAGAGGGAACUGUCGUACCGGGAGGAAAUGGUACAGCAGCUGCAGAUAGUGAGAGACACCUUGUGCAACGAGUUGGAUCAAGAAAGAAAAGCUCGUUAUGCAAUUCAGCAGAAGCUAAAAGAAGCUCACGACGCUCUACACCACUUCUCCUGCAAGAUGCUCACUCCUCGCCACUGCACGGGCACGUGCACGUUUAAGCCGCCUCUCCUGCCGCCGUAAUCUGAAGCGUCGCGCCGGAGGGACCACGGCUAUGUUCUUACACGCACAGGAAAAAAACAAAAGACCUCUCGGAGGAAUGCUCUGGGCCCACUUUUCUUUGAGAGAGACCUUUCCGAUCGGAUGUCGGGAAGUUCCACGGACUGUAAACAUGCAAGCCUCGCAGACUAUCUAUUGUCACUGUAAAUUCUGCUUAACUGGACAUGUUUUCUGUAAAUUGGACAUGGAAGAAGCCUGUAAAGAUGACAUAGGACUUCUUUGUACAGACGCCAGUGGUGCAGAUGACAUUUAUUAAGAGUCAAAUUGUUAAACUGUUAUAAAUAUAUGUAUGAUAGAAUGCUAAUAUGAACAUGUUCAGAUUUUUUUUCUUCUAAGAUGCCACCAAUACAUGAAGUGGCAAUGUGCAAUGAAUUAUAGAAUGUGGAACUUCACAACUAUAAUUCUUAAAUGGUCAUUAUUUGUGUUUUACAUUAUUUUUGCUCCAAAUUGAUUCAUUGAUGUGCUUUUCCAUAUUUAUUGUCUAUGUAUAAGCACUUUAAAUGAGAAAUGAAACAGACCUACCUAAACAAAUUCAAUCUACCUUUAAGUUAAAAAUAUUCAAAUGACUUAUGUUUACCAUGUUGGUGUGUACAGAAUAAGAAUUUGACCAAGCACUUAAUCCACCAUUUCCAAAUUUAUCGUUCAGACUUUGGGAAAUGGUGUUACUCUACAUAUAUGUGAUUACUCUUAUGUGUACUAUGACUUUUGAAGUGUAUUUUCAAGAAAGGAAUUA